UUGAUAUAUAAGUCUGUGUGUCAUGUCAAAUGCAAAUGUCAAAAUCAAAAAUAUAAAUAUAGAAGUUUGAAGAAUAAAAUUAUAAGUUAAUUUCAUUUUUAAAAUGGAAAAAAAACCAAUUGAAAUAAAUCAAUCAUCUCUUCUAAGUUUAAAAGCUGAAAUACUAAAAAAACAACAAGAAGUUCAAGAAGCUAAACUUAAAGCACGUUCAUUACCAACAUCAACAGUUAAACGGAAGACAGCAUCGACAUCGACAUUGAUUAGAAAUCCAGGAAUAGAGGAACGUAAUGCUAGGGAUGAAUUUAAUAAUGAAAUCGAUUCUGAUGUUUUAAAACAAUCAAGGAUCGCUCUAGAAGCAAAAAGUAAAUUGUAUGAGAAACUUUCACAAACAGUAAUUAGUGAAGAACAUGAAGGUCUUUAUUUAGUUCAAUUUAAUAAAAAACCACAACAACAAGAUAGCGAUCAAGGUCAACCAUCAUGGAAUGAAUCAAAUCAAUUGAAAUCGAUUGAAGAUGAUCAAAACUACGAAGAUCCUACAAAUAUUGAAGCUGGUGAUGAAUGGGUGGAGUAUACAGAUUGUUUAGGUCGUUCCCGCAUGUGUCUUCGUAAAGAUUUACCAUUUGUCAAAUCAAAGGAUAAAAAGUUGAGUACAUUCUUGCCACCAGAAAAGCAACAACCGAUUCCUGUCACCGAAAUGGAUGAAUUUAAUGAACGACGUGAACAGAUGCGUCAACAGUGGGAGGCACAAGAACGUGAUUUAAUGAACAAGGAUAAUAUUCAUUAUCAGGAUGUCUUGUUUGAUGAGGCACGUUCACACGGUGUAGGCUACUUUAAUUUCUCACACAACGAGGACGAACGAAUCAAACAACAGGAGGAAUUAAAAAAUUUACGACAAGAGACCAAAAACAAACAACAACAAAUACAAGAAUUGAAACAGAAACGUGACGCUGAGAAAGCUGCACGAGUACGAGCUGCAAAGAAUCGUCAACGGGCACGUGCAGGAUUACCCCCUCUAGAAGAUGAACCAGAACCGAAAUUGGAACCGAUAAUAAUCGAUCAACCACCCGAAGAGAAAACAGACGAAGACAAAGCAAAAGAAAAAGAAUUGGAAAUAAUACGAAAUCAACAUAUACGACCGUGGGAUAUUGGGAAAAAAGAUCGACAACGUGAACCGAAAAGUCAAGAAGAAUGGGUUCAGGAAAAACGGAAAGAACGUCCAAAAGAAUUUGCUCCACCUUCUGCAUAUGAUCAUAAUUCACGACGACGUAAGACGUCGAGUUCAUCGUCUGACGACGAAAAUCGAACUGACCAACGUGAAACAUCUAAAAAUUACUACCAAAGAUUUUAUGAACACCCAUUAUCUCCAAGUGUACCUGAAGAUGAGAAGAAUCCGUUACGUUUCACUACAAAAAAGACUUCCAAAACCAAAUGGAAAGAUUUUUAUCCAGAUGAAGUCGAAGAACAACCUGUCAAUCCUUAUAAAAGGGUUUAUAAUCCUUUUACUUCGGAUUUUGUUCCCAUACCGAUUGUAAAUGAAGUUGAGGAGUCAAACAGUGUUCUAUAUGAUCCUUUUGAAGAAGAACAUGCAGAAGAUGAUGUUGAACGUAACCAACAACUUAAUAAUUAUGCAGAAAUCCCCCCACCACCAACAAUGGAAUAUUAUGGAACGGAUUCUAAAGCAUCUUCAUCACGUGCUCACCAAAACAAAAAACCGCUUGGUGAGAUUCAAGCAUCGAUUGAAGCUGGUUUAAAAUUUUUACGUAAACAAUCUGAACGUAAACAUGCGAAAACUGAAAAUGUUGGAUUCUUUGAUUGAUCACAAAUCAAAAAUAUGGAAAUUUUCAAAUACAAACAAAAUCUGUUAGAACAUCAUUGAAGGAACUCACAAGUACGGUCGCUAUAAACUUGAAUCGAUUCACUAAAACGUGUUCUAUUUUGGAUGUUAUUUUUAAAUGAGCCGCCAUUUUGUUGUUUUAAACUAGACGAAGGCGAAGUGACAAGUGAUGACAUUCUGAUGAACAAAAUUCACGAAAUAUUCCAUUGU